AAUAAAUCUUCUCCGAUAGUGAUAUACGGAUUAAAAAAUUGGAAGAAUCAAGAAUGGCAAAUUUAUAACUCAAAACAAAAAUUUUAAAUUAUUUUCGAAAAAAAAAAGGAGUUGAUGUGAAGAAGGUAGAGAGAGAGAGAGGAACAAAAAUGGAAGCUUUAGUGUGCAGAAAUCUUGGCGACCCGACGGUCCCGCCGGAGGGGGCUGAUGGGUCGGCGCUGUGGCUCUCAAGGGAUCACCCGAUUCCCCAACUGAAGUCACGCACGUCUGUGCGAGUCCGAGUGAAAGCGACGAGCUUGAACUUCGCCAAUUACCUCCAAGUCCAGGGCAAGUACCAAGAGAAGCCGCCCUUGCCCUUUAUUCCGGGCUCUGAUUACUCCGGCACCGUCGAAGCCGUCGGAGAAGCUGUCACUAAGUUCAAAAUCGGGGACCCCGUUUGCUCCUUUGCCGCCCUCGGAUCAUUCGCCCAAUUCAUCGUCGCCGAUGAAUCCGAGCUAUUUUUGGUGCCUAAAGGGUGUGACUUGGUUGCCGUUGGUGCAUUUCCGGUUGCAUAUGGUACAUCUCAUGUGGCACUUGUUCAUCGAGCACAACUACGUGCUGGUCAGGUAUUGAUGGUUCUUGGUGCAGCUGGUGGAGUCGGUGUUUCUGCUGUACAAAUUGGCAAGAUCCGUGGCGCUACUGUUAUAGGUGUUGCUAGGGGAAGUGAGAAGGUGCAGUUCCUCAAGUCAUUGGGUGUUGAUCAUGUUGUAGACUUGAGCAAAGAGGAAAUGAGUGAAAGUGUGAAGGGAUUUCUCAAGGCUAGAAAGCUUAAAGGGGUGGAUGUCCUGUACGAUCCAGUGGGAGGGAAGCUGACGAAAGAGUCGCUCAAGUUGUUGAAAUGGGGAGCACAAAUCCUCAUCAUAGGGUUUGCAAGUGGGGAAGUACCACUAGUCCCAGCAAAUAUUGCUCUUGUUAAGAACUGGACAGUUCAUGGACUCUACUGGGGGAGCUAUAGAAUACACGGGCCGCGUGUUCUGGAAGAUUCGCUAAACGAACUGCUGUCCUGGCUGGCUGAUGGCUUACUCACUGUCAAAAUAUCCCAUACUUUCGGCCUCCGUCACGCAAAUCUUGCUUUCGCUGCCCUCAAGAAUAGAGAAGCAAUUGGAAAGGUUUUGAUUGUGUUUGAUGAGGCCAGCCCCAAGUUGUAAAACAUAACUAUUUCCUUCUUCUACUUUUGAAUCUCAUGGAAAUGAUAUAUCAAUAAGUUUGGAGUUUGGUAGCAUUUGGUGGUGUUUGAAGAGACAGAUUACAUUUGGGCUAAUGCCAUGUUGAGAGAGUUUGUUAA